CUCAGCACUACACACAACACGGAAGCAGCAUGGCGUCCGGCAGUGACAUCUCCGAGCUGCAGCAAAAUGCAAAGGAAAGAUUGAGAAUAAUUUCGGGUCAUUUACAAAAACCAACAAACAAGGAGCAGUUCCUUGUCUCUGCAAACGAGUGCAAAGCAGAAGCUGGGGAUUGGAGUCUCGGGAAAACCGGGACCAUCCCUAAAAGAAGGCAGGAGAUUCUGAAAUGGAAUGGCUGGGGUUAUAAUGAUUCCAAAUUCACGUUUAAUAAGAAAGGUCAAGCUGAAUUUACUGGUAAAAGGUACCGACUCGGUGGCAUGGUGUUACCUGCCUUGAGAGAAUGGUUUGAAAAAACCUUUGGAGCAAGCCUGGAGCACAAAACACCAGCCAGGUCUGCUCUUAACCCCAGUGAAGUCCCACCACCUAUUCUCAAUGAAGGAUUCGUCCAGGACCUUAAAAGCACUGCCAUACCGUUCUCUCAUGAAACCGAAGACAGAAUCUUUAGAGCUCACGGACACUGCUUACAUGAAGUAUUUGCACUUCGAGAAGGAAAAUUUGAACGGGUCCCAGAUUUGGUGGUGUGGCCAAAUUGCCACAAGGAUGUGGAGAAAAUAGUGGAACUGGCUUGCAAACAUAAUAUUUGUGUUAUGCCUUUCGGUGGGGGGACUAGUGUUUCCAACGCGGUUGAGUGCCCUUCAGAUGAGAAGAGGACCAUCCUCUCCUUGGAUACUUCACAAAUGAAUCGAAUCUUGUGGAUUGAUGAGAAGAAUCUAACCGCACAUGUGGAAGCAGGCAUUGUUGGACAGGAUCUGGAGAGGCUUCUCAAUGAGAGCGGUUACUGCACGGGCCAUGAGCCAGACUCGAUGGAGUUCAGCACACUCGGGGGCUGGGUGGCCACCAGAGCCUCUGGCAUGAAGAAGAACAUCUACGGAAACAUUGAAGAUCUGGUUGUUCACAUAAGAAUGGUGACACCUAGAGGCGUGAUAGAGAAAAGCUGUCAAGGACCACGGAUGUCUACAGGCCCUGAUAUCUAUCACUUUAUUAUGGGAUCAGAAGGAACGCUGGGUGUUGUUACAGAGGUCACAGUAAAAAUAAGACCGAUUCCAGAAUAUCAGAAGUAUGGCUCAGUGGUCUUUCCCAACUUCGAGCAGGGAGUGGCCUGUUUAAGAGAAGUAGCAAAACAGAGAUGUGCUCCAGCCUCUAUUCGAUUAAUGGACAAUGAACAAUUUCAGUUUGGACAUGCUCUGAAGCCCCAAGUAUCUUCAAUUUUUACUUCAUUUUUGGAUGGUUUGAAAAAGUUCUAUAUUACAAAGUUCAAAGGGUUCGAUCCUAACCGGUUGUGUGUGGCUACCCUGUUAUUUGAAGGGGACAGAGAGAAAGUUCUUCAGCACGAGAAGCAAGUCUAUGAUAUUGCUGCCAAGUUUGGAGGCCUGGCAGCUGGAGAGGAUAAUGGGCAGAGGGGUUACAUGCUGACAUUCGUCAUUGCAUACCUUCGGGACCUAGGGAUGGAUUACUAUGUUAUAGGAGAAUCAUUUGAAACCUCUGUACCCUGGGACAGGGUACUGGACUUGUGCAGCAAUGUAAAAGAGCGAAUAACAAGAGAAUGCAAAGAAAAAGGAGUCCAGUUUCCUCCUCUGUCCACAUGCAGGGUGACACAGACCUAUGAUGCAGGCGCUUGUGUUUACUUCUACUUUGCCUUUAAUUACAGAGGACUCGGUGAUCCCAUCCAUGUUUAUGAUCAAAUUGAGCACGCUGCUCGAGAAGAAAUUCUUGCCAAUGGAGGAAGCCUUUCACAUCAUCACGGAGUGGGCAAGUUGAGGAAGCACUGGCUGCAGGAGACCAUCUCGGAUGUCGGCCUGGGAAUGCUGAGGUCUGUAAAAGAAUACGUGGACCCCAACAACAUUUUUGGAAAUAGAAACCUCCUAUAAAAAGCAGUAGUUUCUUCCUUUUCUUUUUACUACCAGAGACAAAGUUGAAAAUAGCAUUACUAAAAAAAAUUAAAAAAAAUAAAAAAUAAACACCUUUAUUACACUCGGUAAACAGGAUUUGGAGUACUGGCACUUCUCUUCAUUGUGUGUAGCUUUGAGCAAAGACAUUGAUAGAAUGCCAAGUCAGGCAUUAUUCCAUUCCUGUGUUUAUAGGCUGUGUGUUUUCUAUACCACUUUCUAUUACUGUGCAUGGUAUUGUAUAUGUUUGCAUUUACCCUGCUGCAACAGUUCGCAAUCUGAAAUCAUCCACGUUUUGUUUUGCUGCUGUUUUUGUUACUCAAGCUAAUAAAAUACAUGAUAUUAUAAUAUUGACUUGCUCCCUAUGGUGCAUGUCACAUGCCGUUAUUUGUCAAAAAAUUUCCUGGCACAGUCUCUUCAACUAGAACUAAUACAUAGAUCCUGCAGAAUACAGUGCCAACAGAAGAGGCCAGCAUAAGCAAUUUGAAUAUUGCUCCUAAAUAUUUAUUUGUAUUGCCAUUGAUAGGUGUUGCAGAACCAUUCACUAACACCCUUUUACACAAUUGUGCCUUUAGUAUCUUAGUCAGUCUCCCUUUCAGCUUUGGCAUACUAAUUUAAACAUCAGUAGACUGCAGUGAUGGAAAAAGCUUAAUGGGUGGAGCAGUUAAGGAUGUGCAACACACUAGCCAGUAAGUGCAUAUAUGAAUAGCACUGUGCCUUACAUUGGUCAGUUGUAACCAUAUGUUUAAGAUUUACUGUCACUUUUUCAUUUGCGACAGUAUUUCAGACUAGCCUAGUUGCUAUGAUUGGAAGACUGUUCACAAAUAAGUACAUGUUCUCCAAAAAUUAAAAAUGCAUUUAUUUAUUGUUUUACAUAAAACAAUGGCAUAUAUUUUCCACUUGAUCGUAGUGUUUUUUUGCUGGGUAUAACAGUAAACAUCUGUAAGAUGGGAAAUUUGUCUGCAAGUAAUGCCCAAAAGUGUAAUAUUGACUAUAUUUUAUAUAGCUGUUUAACCUUUACUGAAGCCACUAUAGGGUGUACUUGCAGAAAUGUACUGCUCUCUAGCCACAUUCUGUUUUCUUCCAUGUAUAUCAAUGUUAAGUACAUGAGCAGGUACAUGAGCAUACCUCUCCUAGGUAUAUGCAGUUGAAUUUUUAGAGCAGUUUCUGUCAGUAUGUACUGUACACUGGAACUAACAAUGCAAAUGCUGAAAGCAAAUUGGGUAAAGUAAACCUUACGUAUGAUAUGUUGUACGGUUUACACUGUUAAUAAAUUUAGUACCACCUUU